AUGCUGAGUCAGGAUGGGUUCCUCACAGGUGAAAUUGGUGAUCAAAUUGACUCGUGCUUCACCUAUGGCUAUGUUGACUUUGUGAGAGCUGCAGGGGCCUUGGGUUUGUGGGCGCAAGGCUUGAGGUCAUGUGGCCACUUAGCACCAGCCUCGAGCAGCUACAAGCUCAUGUCGACCUUGCCACCUUCUCACUGCGUGAACAAUUCGAAAGCCAUGGAAAAGAUCAUCCGGGAUGAGAAGCUCCAUCAGAAGAAGGAAGAGGAACGCCUGAAGAAGCAGGAUGACAAGCCACUCGGCAAGAUCUUGACAAAGGAAAAGGAGCGAGAGGAAAAAAGAUUGAAGAAAGAGCAGGCUGCUGAAAGCAAGAAGAGAAAAGCUGCUGAGGCCGCUGAGGCCAAAAAGGCUGCGAAACCUUCAGGACGAAGAAGGAAGUCAAAGCGAGGUCAGCACGAAGACAGUGCAGCCAGUGAUGACCCAGCAGCAGAUGGAAGCAAAGCCAAGGCAGCCAAGGUUUCAAGGACCAGGGCAAAGGGAAGCUUUGAGGAUACGGACCCGCCAGUUUUGGUCAAAGGUUCUAUGUUCCCGGCUGCUUACCGCUUGGGGUUCUUCGAAUCCUUCAAUGACUUCCUGGACCAGGUGGUUUGCAACAAGCCUGCUCUGAUGCGCAACAAAAAAGGCUCAGUCAAAAAGGUUCUGUCAAAGAGCUUGAACAGGAAUGACCCACAACAGGAGACUGAGACCAAGGAUUUCAUAACCCAAACAGCAAAAGCGUUUGGGGUGCAGCAAGCGAGUGCGAAAUCAGACUUGCAGAAGCUAGCAGCAAUCGGACCAGUUCGCAAAAACAAGACUGUACCGCAAGAGAAAGAGGUGGCCAUGUUUCUUGGCUUCGAUCUGCUGCUCAAGGCCAAGCUUGUGGCACGUCAUGGCUUUCGUGGUGACGGUGAUGGCCCUGGUGGAGAUGAUUCAGGUGAGGCCGGUGACACCGGUGAGGAGCCUUGGUUGCUGACCAACGCUGAUGCAAAGUCUUUGGACAACGUGAAGAACAAGAUCCUUGGUGCUUGCUGGACUUCGUUCGGACAGUCCAAUGUGUGGGCAGGUUUCUUUUCUACCGGCCUUGGUCACAUGUACUAUCAGCAAGAGGGAAACAAAGCUCUGGCCAUGAUGCAUUUUGUGCAUCUCUACGAAGUAAAGCAGCAGGUGGACAAAAAGCUCGUUGCGAAUUCUGAUGAUGGUGGUGAUGGUGGCAAUGGUGGCAGCUCAGAAGCUGGAAUCAGGCAAUUGACUGCAUGGUUCCAAAACUUGUCGCCGGAAACCGUGUCAUCGAUGGACACUGCAGAGCGCGGGUGGAUGAGCACCCUUCGCUACAUCUACUUGACCCCUGGUGACAUCUUGCACAGCGAAUGGAUGAUGGUCACUCCAACAAAUGCAACCGAAGAUCUGGCCUUUGAUGGGACCCUUCGAUUGGCUGCUGAAAGCCAUGGAUCCAUAACCGAUCAUGACGGGUACCUGGUGAUGACGUCCUUCAAGUGUUGCACCGGGGCGAACGAGCACCACCUCCGCUUCGAGAAGGUGGAAUUCGCAGGACUUCGACAAUACGUUGAGAAGCAUAACGGCCGGGUGCGACGAAGGAUCUUGCUGCUGGGAGUUUACAUGCAGCAAGAUCUAGAGUUGACACCGAAUGUGCAACUCUUCUUUGACUCGCCGCUCUGCACCCGAAUUACCAUGAGGUUCUUCGAGGAGGCAGCAGAUUUUAUGUAUAUGAUCCUCCCAGCCAUAUCCAUGAAAGUAGGCGGCGAGUCCGAAGUCCAGUCGAAUUUAGGUGUUGCGUCGUCAGAUGAUGGCAAUGUGGACGAAUUCCAAACUCCACCAGAUGACAAUGAAAGCGACGCAGCACAGUCGAAUUUAGGUGUUGCGUCAGAUGAUGGCAAGGACGAAAUCCAAACUCCAUCAGAUGACAAUGAAAGCAACGCAGCGCUUCUCAGUGGAUGGGAGUGGCUGGAGCUGGGCCAGUGA